AUGGACCUAACAUCUUCUAUGAUGUCUGUUAUUCUGGUGGGAGCUGCUACAAUUUUCCUAGCGGCAACAAUUCUACUAAAAAGCCUUGGAAGUUACAAGAUCCGUCUCCCCUCAGGCCCCAGAGCUAUUCCUGUAAUUGGCCACUUUCAUCUUCUCUUUGAUAAAACCAGGCCAAUUCACCAGAUUCUAAGUUCACUCUCAACACGCUAUGGACCUGUUAUGCAUCUAAAAUUUGGGAGCUGCCCAGUUUUGGUGAUAAGCUCUGCAGAUUUAGCCAAAGAAUGUUUUACAGUAAAUGAUAAGGCUUUUGCAUCUAAACCCCGGCUUACACAAGGUAAGCAUUUGGGCUACAAUUAUUCUAUGAUUGCUUGGGCUCCUUAUGGCCCCUACUGGAGAAUGGCUAGAAAAGUUUGUGUACAUGAGCUUCUAUCUUCCAAAAGAAUCCAGUCGUUCGCACCCAAGAGAAUGCAACAACUUCGUAAAGCAGUAAAUUCUUUUGUUUCAGCAGACACAGCUUCAGAGUAUUGUUAA